AUGUCCGAGCACGGCUCUUCACUUCUACCAGGUGCACUGAAGGCCUUUUCAAUAUUCUCCAUGUUCACUGGCUCCGUCGAUGUUAUCGGCGGCCACAAACUGCUUAUCCCAGCCUCUGAGCGCUCCCUAUUACCAAAACCGACACUAGCACUAUUGGACAACCAACUUAGAUUCCUGGGAGCGGUAUGGGCUGGAUACGGCGCGAUGAUGUGGUGGGCUAGCAACGAUCUUCAGACGAGACAAGCUCCUCUGGCGGUGCUGGGGGCGGCCAUGUUUUUCGCGGGAAUUGGCCGAUUGACUUCGGGGUUGAGUUGUGGUUGGGCUGCGAGUUGGCUUAAGGUUGCUACUGGUGUAGAGCUGAUCAUUCCACCUCUGAUCUAUCUAUUUGGGUUUUAG